AGCAAGAGAGACAGAAUGGGAAGAAAGCCUAGGCCUACCCAUUUGAAGGAUGGAUUGAAAAAAGGGGCAUGGACUGCAAUAGAAGACCAAAUCCUCAUCGAUUACGUCAAAAAGAAUGGUGAAGGAAAGUGGGGAAGGGUCAUAAAGGAGACGGGUCUCAGGAGGUGCGGGAAAAGCUGUAGGCUGCGUUGGUUAAAUUAUCUCCGACCCAACAUUAAAAGAGGGAACAUAUCCGAUGACGAAGAAGAGCUCAUUGUUCGGCUCCACAAGCUUUUAGGAAACAGAUGGUCUCUCAUAGCGGGAAGGUUGCCUGGCCGAACAGAUGGAGACAUAAAGAACUAUUGGAACAGAGUUUUAAAGAAGAAGUCUAAAUUAGGUAGUGAGCGACCAAAGACUAGUAAAACGAAAAAGGAAAUCACCAUAAAAGAUCGAUGCGAUGAGGUUGCAGAGGCCAAAGACCCUGAAGAUCAACCAUUAGAACGAAACGCGGCAGGCUCUGCUGUCUUCGCCAAAGCCUCAACCGGAAAUACAACGAUAUCACAAGCAGAAGGGCAGCUGAUACUGCCAAUAAUGGCCGUUGAGAAUAUUGAUGGUUGUACAUGGGACUUCGCAGCCGUUGAUGACAAGCUGAAUGAGAUUUUCGUGUCCGAGUUUGUUAGCCCGUAUUCACUGGAGGCCAACGAGCGCCCAGGAGAAUGUGAAAAUGGGUUCGUCAUCAAGCCUUGUGUUCUAUCCUCUUCGGAUGACCUUCUGGGCGGGGAGUUGUCUGAACAGAUGAUGUGUGAAUGGGCAGCUGAAUUGAUGUAUUGAUGCUCAGUGCAUGGAUUUCUUUCCUUCAACAAUAAUUCUAUAGACCUUUUAUUUUCAUGAUUUUUUUUUCAUUACAAAGAAGUCAAUAGACGUAAUACGUAAAUAAAGAGCCAAAGGUGGUCCCAUUAUUGAGAA